ACCGGGAUGGCGGCCGUUUUGGAGUCGCUGCUGCGAGAGGAGGUGUCGGUCGCAGCCGCCGUGCGGUGGAUCGCGCGCGGCACCCGGAGUUCGGAGGACAGCCCCGGGGAGGCGGCCGUGCUGAGCUCGCUCGGACCGCUGCGGAAGGACUUCGUGCCGUUCCUGCUGAACUUCCUGAGGGAGCAGAGCAGCCGCGUCCUCCCGCAGGGCCCCCCAACUCCCGCCAAGGCUCCGGGCGCCUCGGCAGCCCUGCCAGGGAGGCCGCGGGGCGGCCGCGGGGCGCGCAGCCAGCUCUUCCCCGCCACCGAGCCCCUUAGUGCCACCGCCGAGGCCCCCCUGGCCCGCCGCGGGGGCCGGAGGCGGGGAUCGGGGCCGGCCCGCGAGCGAGGAGGCCGCGGCCCCGGGGGCCCCGAGGACGGGCCCGGCGGGGAGAGUCUGCCCUGGGCUGGGGGCCGCAGGCCUCGGGGCUCUGGCAGCCCCGGCAGCCCCAGCAGCCCCAGCCUCGCGCGCUCCGAUCCACCAAACCUCAGCAACCUGGAGGAGUUCCCUCCCGUAGGCUCGGUUCCACCCGGCCCUGCAGGCAGGACGAAGCCUUCUCGCAGGAUCAACCCAACUCCGGUGAGCGAAGAGCGGUCACUCUCCAAGCCCAAGACCUGCUUCACCUCACCCCCAAUCAGCUGUGUCCCCAGUUCCCAACCCUCAGCCCUGGACACUAGCCCUUGGGGCCUUGGCCUUCCCCCAGGGUGCAGAAGUCUGCAAGAGGAGCGGGAGAUGCUGAGGAAGGAGCGCUCUAAGCAGCUGCAGCAGUCACCUGCUCCUGCCUGUCCCACCCCAGAAUCAGGGUCUCCUGUCCCCAGCCGGACUGGAAACCUCACAGCAGAACUCGCUGACCCUGCCAGAGUGUCUUCCCGCCAGCGCCUGGAGCUGGUAGCCCUUGUCUACUCCUCGUGUAUUUCUGAGAACCUGGUACCAAACCUUUUCUUGGAGCUUUUCUUCGUCCUUCAGCUCCUUACUGCCCGGAGGAUGGUGGCUGCCAAGGACAGUGACCUCGAAUCAAGUCCAGGUGCCCUGGAUUCCUUGGAAAGCCCACUGUUCCAGAGCAUCCACGAUUGUGUCUUCUUUGCAGUACAGGUUUUGGAGCGUCAGUAUGAGGUUCUUUCCUUCUUGGACAAAGGGACCUUAAAGCUGCUGGCUGAGAAUGAACGGCUGCUGUGCUUCUCACCAGCUCUGCAAGGCCGCCUUCGAGCUGCCUAUGAGGGCAGUGUUGCCAAGGUCUCUCUGGUGAUGCCAUCCUCUGCUCAAGCUGUCUCUUUUCAGCCAGAAACUGACAAUCGUGCCAACUUCUCCAGUGACCGAGCCUUUCAUACUUUUAAAAAACAGAGGGAUGUGUUCUACGAGGUGCUUCGAGAGUGGGAAGAUCGCCAUGAGGAGCCCGGCUGGGAUUUUGAGAAGGGCUUAGGCAGCAGGAUCAGAGCCAUGAUGGGUCAACUCUCAGCAGCCUGCAGCCACAGCCACUUUGUUAGACUUUUCCAGAAACAGCUUCUCCAGAUGUGUCAGAGCCCUGGUGGUGCCGGAGGUACUGUCUUGGGUGAGGCCCCAGAUGUGUUGAAUAUGCUGGGAGCUGACAAGCUGGGACGGUUGCGGCAGCUACAGGAACGGCUUGUGGCCCCUCAGAGCAGUGGGGGGCCCUGCCCACCCCCCACCUUCCCAGGCUGUCAAGGCUUCUUCAGGGACUUCAUCCUGAGUGCCAACAGCUUCCAGUUUAAUCAGCAUCUCAUGGACAGUCUAAGCUUAAAGGUCCGUGAGCUCAAUGGCCUUGCCCUGCCUCAGCAUGAGGCUGGUGAUGAAGAUGGGGAGUCCGAUGUGGACUGGCAGGGUGAACGGAGGCAAUUUGCUGUGGUGCUUCUUAGCCUAAGACUUUUGGCUAAAUUUCUGGGCUUUGUGGCUUUCCUGCCAUACCGGGGCCCUGAACCACCCCCAACCCGUGAGCUGCAGGACUCCAUUCUGGCCCUCAGGAGCCAGGUGAGAGAUCUGGUCCCUCCCGUCCUGGAUGUGCGAGCUCUGCUACAGCAGGGGCUACAAGCCCGGCGGGCAGUGCUCACUGUGCCCUGGCUGGUAGAGUUCCUUUCCUUCGCUGACCACAUUGUCCCCUUGCUGGAUUAUUACCGGAGCAUCUUUACUCUCCUGCUGCAGCUACAUCGGAGCUUAGCUUUGUCACAGGAGAGUGAAGGGGAGAUGUGUUUUCUGAACAAGCUGCUCCUGCUUGCUGUUCUGGGCUGGCUUUUUCAGAUUCCCCCAGUCCCCGAGGACUUGUUCUUUCAGGAAGAGAGUCAGGUGAAUGCCUUUGAGGUGGACACGGCAGCUUCAGAACAUGGCUUGGACAGUGUGCCUGUGGUGGACCAGCAGCUGCUCUAUACCUGCUGCCCCUACAUUGGAGAGCUCCGGAAACUGCUUGCUUCAUGGGUCUCAGGCAGCAGUGGACGGAGUGGGGGCUUUGUGAGGAAAAUUACCCCCACCACUACCACCGGCCUGGGAGCCCAGCCCCCCCAGACCAGCCAGGGACUGCAGGCACAGCUUGCCCAGGCCUUUUUCCACAACCAGCCGCCCUCCCUGCGCAGGACUGUGGAGUUUGUAGCAGAGAGGAUUGGGUCAAACUGUGUCAAACACAUCAAGGCAACGCUGGUUGCGGACUUGGUGCAACAGGCAGAGUCACUUCUCCAAGAGCGGUUGGUGAUGCGUGUCCAGGAAGGAGGAGACUCAGCCCAGCUAUUGGAGAGCUUGUGUUCCCAGCUGUGUCCCCAUGGGGCCCAGGCACUGACCCAGGGGCGGGAGUUCUGCCAAAGGAAGAGCCCUGGGGCUGUUCGGGCACUGCUUCCAGAGGAGACCCCAGCAGCUGUUCUAAGCACUGCAGAGCAUAUUGCUGUGGGGCUUGCGACAGAGAAAGCCUGUGCUUGGUUGUCUGCCAACAUUACAGCGCUGAUCAGGAGGGAGGUGAAAGCAGCUGUGAGUCGCACGCUUCGAGCCCAGGGUCCUGAGCCGACUGCCCGGGUGGAGCGGAGGGGCUGCCCCCGCGCCUGUGAGCACCACGCUCCCCUCCCCUCCCACCUCAUCUCCGAGAUAAAAGAUGUGCUCUCCCUGGCUGUUGGGCCUCGGGACCCCGAGGAGGGAGUUUCCCCAGAGCAUCUGGAGCAGCUCCUUGGCCAGCUGAGCCAGUCACUGCAGUGCCGCCAGUUCCUGUGCCCACCUGCUGAGCAGCAUCUGGCAAAGUGCUCUGUGGACUUAGCUUCCCUCCUGGUUGCAGACCAGAUUCCCAUCCUAGGGCCCCCAGCACAGCACAGGCUGGAGCGAGGACAGGCCCGAAGGCUUCUGCACAUGCUGCUUUCCCUGUGGAAAGAUGACUUCCAAGGGCCGGUUCCACUCCAGCUGCUGCUGAGCCCGAGAAAUGUGGGGCUUCUGGCAGACACUCGGCCGAGGGAGUGGGACCUGCUGCUGUUCUUGCUCCGGGAGCUGGUAGAGAAGGGUCUCAUGGGACGGAUGGAGAUAGAAGCCUGCUUAGGCAGCCUCCAUGAGGCCCAGUGGCCAGGGGAUUUCUCUGAAGAACUGGCAACACUGUUUCACCUAUUUCUAGCUGAGCCCCACCUGCCAGAACCCCAGCUGAGAGCUUGUGAACUGGUGCAACCAAGCAGGGGGACAGUGCUGGCCCAGAGCUAGGGCUGGGAAGUAGCCCUUUCUUGGGCAUUUCACUAGAACCUUGCCUACACCUCAGGAGGUGGUCCAAGAGUACACUGCAAGCGACCUUGCUGAGGAGGGAGUGGCCAGGUCUGCCGACUUCCUGCUCAAGGGUGAAGGAAGCAUCCCACAGACUGCAGGCUUGCCCCCUAGUCCGAGAGACUCCAGGGCUGGAGCAGGGCAGCUGGCAUUUUGCACUUGGAUGCUAAUGAAAUGAUGAGUGGGGCUGGUUGAUGGGACUCAAGCCUCACUUGCUGCCAGCUCAGCACCUCUUGAGACUGGGUAUUCUGGGAAAUCAUGGUAGACAAAAGACUUCUGCUUAGCUCGUGAGGAAAGCUAACAAAACAUGGAUCUUGGGAGUCUAUAUUUUCUUACCACCAGAGCUGGACUGCUGUGUCCUCACAGAUGCACAACAGGUAUGGCAGGACUUACCUGACUGAAUCCUGGCAUUGCCAUGGACCUCCACCUCUGUGUAGGUACUCUUCAGACCCCGAGUCUGUCCAGGGUGCAAGCACAGAGCAGAACAUUAA